UAUACAGGGUGGGGUCACUCUGCUAUCACACAGGCUGAUAUACUGACUACGUGGGUCCUCACCCCUGUGCAACAUACUUUGCACAUUUAACUCCUCAAGGCCUCCCCAAACUGGUGACUCAUCACCUCGAUGACUCCCAGACAGACAGAGAGAGUACUUCCCAAUCGAAACCGCUUACUGGAGUCACAGUGCCUGGCAGCACCACCCUCCUCCGCUUCCCUGGAAUCUUAAAGUGUUUUGGAUCAUGAUAUUCUGGGGCCAGGAGUUCCGGUGUGAGACUAACACAGUCUGAAACUCGGCUCUGUUCCUUGUUUAGCUGAAUGAUCUUUGGUAUCUCGGCCCGGGAUGGAGAACACGUCUCUCAGCCAUGAAUAUGAACAUUACGAUGAUGUGAGUCCAGACCAGCCCGUGGACUGCCCUGAUGGCGAGUGUGCAUCCAUCGACCUGCUGCGCACCAUCCCGCUCCUGCUCUACGUGGUGGUCUUCCUGGUGGGUGUGCCAGGCAACAUGAUGGUGGCCUGGGUGAGCAGGAAAGAGGCCCGCAAGAGAGUCAGUGCCACCUGGUUUCUCCACCUGGCCGUGGCAGACCUGCUCUGCUGUUUGUCUCUCCCCAUCCUGGCGGUGCCUAUUGUCCAUGGGGGCAACUGGCCAUAUGGGGCUGUGGGCUGUCGGGCCCUGCCUUCCAUUAUUCUGCUGUCCAUGUACACCAGUGUACUGCUCCUGGCUGCUCUCAGCACUGACCUGUGCCUGCUGGCCCUCAGUCCCACCUGGUGGGCGGCAGCGGGGCGUCCAUGCAGGGUACAGGCAGCCUGUGGGGCAGCCUGGACGCUGGCCUUGCUGCUCACUGUGCCCUCAGUCAUCUACCGCCGGCUGCACCAGGAAUACUUCCCACACAGGCUGGAGUGUGUAGUGGACUAUGGCGGCUCUGUCGUGGCUGAGUACACAGUGACUAUCACCAGGUUUAUUUUCGGAUUCCUGGGGCCGCUGGUGGUUGUGACUGUCUGUCAAGGUGCCCUCCUGUGCCGUGCAACCCAACGCCGCUGGCCACUGGGCACAGCCGUCAUGGUAUUUUUUUUUGUCUGCUGGGCCCCCUACCACCUGCUGAGGCUGGUGCUCACUGUGGCUGCACCCAACUCUGCUCUCCUGGCUCAGGCCCUGCGGGCUGAACCCCUGGUUGCAGGCAUUGCCCUGGCUCAUAGCUGCCUAAAUCCUGGACUCUUCCUGUAUUUUGGGCGGGCUCAACUACAACAGUCACUGCCAGCUGCAUGUCAUUGGGCCCUGAAGGAAUCACAGAGUAUGAAUGAAGGCAUGAGCAGCAAGAAAUCCACCAGCUACGAGGAGGUGGAGGUGUAGGCUAGAGGGAAACCAGUUUGUGUCUUUCAAUCACAUUUCAAAAAGUAGCUUCAGGUAUAGCUGGAUCCAGGAGCUCCAUAAUAUCAUCUAUUCCAUAAUUCCUUCAACUAUCAUUCAUUAUUCACAUACUAUGGGCAAGGCCCUAUUAUAAGCACUAGGGCUGCAGCAGUGACCAAAGCAGACACAAAUACCUGCCCUCAGGGAGCUGGCAUUCUAGUGGGGCAAGGCAGAAAAUAAGCAAAGAAAUAAAGGAUUCUGUUAAGUAGUGAGAAACUUAAGGGGAUAAAGAGGGCUAAUUGGAGCAGGGAUAUAGGUCUUCCAGGGAAGGUUCCUUGAUGAUAUUUGAGCCAAAACUUGAAGAAGGGAGAGAGGAGUUAUACUUAAACAUGGGGAUGGGGGAGAAGCAUUCCAAGUGGCAGGAAUAGCAAAUGCAAAGGCCCUGAAGCAGAAUUAGUUUGGUGCUUUCCAGAAACAGUGGAUAGGACAGUGUGGAUGGAAUAGAAUGAGCAAGAGGAAGUGUGUUGUGAAAUGAAGGGAGAGAAGUAAUGGGGCUCCCCACUUUAAAAGCCUUUUAGGUUACAGCAAGUAUUGGGGGGUCUCUGGAAGGGUUCUGAACUACUACACCCAGAUAAACUACAAGACACCCAUUUUUUUUAAGAGGCAUGUAUUUUAUUCAUUUAUUUUAUUUAUUUAUUUGUUUGUUUUGUUUGUUUGAUUAUACAAGCACUGGGUACAGUCAGAAGUGCGGGAGGGUGAGAGAAUUCACCAGAGCCAAAGCGGGGAGCAGAACAGGCAG